AUGGCGCGGUGGCGUGCGGCGGCGUUUGCUGCGUUCCUCUUCUUGCUGCUCGCGGGGCAUUGCCGCGGCGGCAAGACCGGCAUCUGCUACGGGCGCAACGCCGACGACCUGCCGAGCCCGGACAAGGUGGCGCGCCUCGUCCAGCAGCAGUCCAUCAAGUACGUGCGGAUCUACGACACCAACAUCGACGUCAUCAGGGCCUUCGCCAACACCAGCGUGGAGCUCAUGGUGGGCGUCCCCAACGCCGACCUGCUCGCCUUCUCGCAGUACCAGUCUAACGUCGACACCUGGCUCAAGAACAACAUCCUCCCCUACUACCCGGCCACCGCGAUCACCCACAUCACCGUCGGCGCCGAGAUCACCGAGAGCCCCGUCAACGUCUCCGCCCUCGUCGUCCCCGCCAUGCGCAACGUGCUGGCCGCCCUCAAGAAGUCCGGCCUGCACAAGAAGAUCACCAUCUCCAGCACGCACUCGCUCGGUAUCCUGUCCCGGUCCUUCCCGCCGUCCGCGGGGGCGUUCAACAGCAGCUACGCGCACUUCCUCAAGCCCAUGUUGGAGUUCCUCAUGGAGAACCAGGCGCCCUUCAUGGUGGACCUGUACCCGUACUACGCCUACCAGAACUCGCCCAGCAACGUCUCGCUCAACUACGCCCUCUUCUCGCCGCAGUCGCAGGGCGUGAUUGACCCCAACACCGGGCUGGUCUACACAAACAUGUUCGACGCCCAGGUUGAUUCCAUAUUCUUUGCGCUCAUGGCUCUGAACUUCAAGACGCUGAAGAUCAUGAUCACCGAGACAGGGUGGCCAAACAAAGGAGCUGCUAAGGAGACCGGAGCGACUCCCGACAAUGCUCAGACCUACAACACCAAUCUGAUUCGCCAUGUUGUUAAUGACAGUGGCACGCCUGCGAAGCCUGGAGAAGAGAUAGAUGUCUACAUCUUCUCCUUGUUCAACGAGAACAGGAAACCGGGCAUCGAGUCGGAGAGGAACUGGGGACUGUUCUCCCCAGACCAAAGCGCCAUCUACAGUCUAGAUUGGACGGGCAGAGGAAAUGUGGACAUCAUGACUGGCGGAAACAUUACGGGUUCAAAUGGUACCUGGUGUGUUGCUUCAACCAAUGUAUCCGAGACUGCUCUGCAGAAUGCCUUGAACUGGGCAUGCGGUCCAGGCGAUGUCGAUUGCUCUGCUAUUCAGCCAAGCCAACCCUGCUACCAGCCUGAUACAUUGAUUUCACAUGCUUCAUAUGCAUUCAACAUGUAUUAUCAGCAAAAGGGAGCUACUGAUGUGGCUUGUAGCUUCGGUGGUGCUGGAGUGCGAACGACGAAAGAUCCAAGUUAUGAUGCUUGUUUUUACUUGGACUCUGACAGAAAGAUUAUCAACACAAAUUCACCCCCACCUCCAGCUCCAAGCGCAUCCAGUCCGUCACUGCCGGGCCAAUGCUUUACCCUGCUGCUCCCUAUGUUUCCCAUUGUGAUCGCGUCAGGCUUCCUGUGAUCCUCGGACUGAGCUCUAGUUAGUAUGUUUGGAUCGAAGGAGGAAGGCUAAUUGCCUAAUACUGGGAACCAGUACCAUUCUGUUAUGGGUUGAAGGUGGUAGUAAGGACCAUAUUAUGCAGCACGUUGUUCUCUAUAAGAUGCGCGCUGUUGAGCGGACAAUAUAUGUUAGCUGUCGUUGAGAACUAGA